UUGACAGUCGCGGAAGGACUGUAACGGGAAUAUCUGGGAGAAUCGGGAUGUUGUAAACAGUGAAACGCAUCAUUCCAUUCGUAGAGAUACUUGUCUGUGGUCAAGGUCAAGGCUUAAAUAUGAAUUUCGUAAAACGGUAGUGCAUAUACUCUCAGCCUAUAUGCUUGCAUAUCUUUUCAGCCACAAACCAUGGUGGAAUUGAAGACACCCUUGACCUUGCCAGCUGUGGUCAUCUGUGCUCUCUUGUUUGACCUGGUGGAAUCAGUCCCUCCUUUUGACCCGUACAAGGUGCUUGGGGUCACAAAAAGUGCCAGUCAAGCUGAAAUUAAAAAAGUCUACAAGCGAUUGGCCAAAGAAUGGCAUCCAGACAAAAACAAAAAUCCAGAAGCUGAGGAUAUGUUUAUCAAGAUCACCAAAUCAUAUGAGAUCCUGUCCAGUGAGGAGAAGAGAUCGAACUAUGACCGUUUUGGACAGACGGAUGACACUCAGCCGUUUGGGCAUCAUGGACACCACCCAUUUCACGACCAUUUUUAUUUUGAUGAGACCUUCUUCCAUUUCCCCUUCAAUGCCAAGGAUGGCAGAGACUUUGCUGACAGCAAAUACAUGCUUCACUUCAAUCAAUACAUUAAUGACAUCGCACCUGACAGCUUUAAGCGACCCUACUUGAUCAAAAUAACAUCUGAUUGGUGCUUCAGCUGCAUCCACAUUGAGCCAGUGUGGAAAGAGAGUGUGGAGGAAUUGGAGCCUCUGGGUGUUGGCAUAGGUGUGGUGGAUGUUGGCUAUGAGAGACGAUUGGCCAAUCACCUUGGUGCACAUCGUACCCCAUCCAUACUUGGUGUUAUAAAUGGCAAGGUGACCUUUUUCCACUAUGCUGUGGUACGACAACACCUCAGGCAGUUUGUAGAGGACUUGCUCCCACAAAGACUUGUUGAGAAGGUGACAGACAGGAAUAACCACCAGUUUCUAAACAGCUGGCAUGCAAUCAACAAACCCCACGUCCUUCUUUUUGACCAAGUUCCCAUUGUCCCACUGUUAUAUAAGCUGACUGCAUUUGCCUAUAAAGACUAUGUGCAAUUUGGGUAUGUGGACCAGGGCCUUACAGAGACAGCGAACCUACUGAGACAGUUCAACAUUAAUACAUAUGCUCCAACAAUGCUUGUGUUUAAGGAAAACACAGACAAGCCCGCAGACAUUAUUCAGGCUAAGGGGAUGAAAAAAACAAUAAUUGAUGAAUUCAUAUCAAAUAACAAGUUCCUCUUGGCUCCUCGGUUGGUGAAUCAAAAGGUCUUUGAUGAGCUUUGUCCUGUGAAACAGUUUCACCGGCGCAGGAAAUACUGUGUGUUGUUGAUCACGAGUGAAGAGGAGUCCUUUUCCACUGGUAAUAAGGCCUUCCUUUCCCUGGCCUCCACCAACACCAACGAGGUCCUGAGAUUUGCCUACGUGUACCAGCGACAGCAGCAGGCCCUGUGUGACACGCUGCUGAGGAGCAGGGACAGCACCCCUCCACAGGUGGUUAUUCUGGAGCGGCGAAACGGAGCUGGCAAGGUCCUGUACAAGCCUGUGUUGAGCGGCUGGAACGGCAGCGAGGAGGACAAGCACCGGCUACUGGAAGAGCUGCAGCGGCUCCAGAAGGACCCUUCUGUCCUCAACCACGACGCCAUACUACCAGAACUCAACAACGAGUUUGCCUCUAUGUUUCUAAUUCGAUGGGUAUUCACAGCAUAUGAUUACUUGACAGAAAUUAUUGAAGACCUUCUUCACAAUAAUUGGCGUGAGAUGAUGCCUCUGCUGUCACUGAUAUUCUCAGCAUUAUUCAUCUUGUUUGGCACCGUUGUCAUCCAGGCCUUCAGUGAUUCGAGUGAAGAGAUACCAGCAAAAACCAAAUCAAAAGAGGCCUCAAAGACAGAAAAUGGGUCACCCAACAAUACCGGCACAUCAAGUCGUCAACCAAAGAAGAACUUUGUGGAGGUGACAGAGUUGACUGACAUCACAUACAUGAGCAACCUAGUGAAAUUAAGACCAGGGCACACCAAUGUUGUACUGGUCCUAACAGACGCUUCCAAAAACAUUCUACUGAGCAAGUUUGCUAAGGAGGUGUAUUCAUUUACAGGAAGCCUGACGCUGCACUUCUCCUUUCUAAAUGUGGACAAGCACAGUGAGUGGAUGGACACUCUGCUGGAGUUCGCCCAGGACACCAUGCAGAUUGAUACUGACGAAGACGAGAGCGGCAACCGCAAGGUAGACUACACAGGCUAUGUCCUGGCUCUCAACGGCCACAAGAGAUAUCUGUGUCUCUUCAGGCCUGUCUAUACUGGGGAGGACCCUGACAGGUCUGAGGAGGAAGGGGCCACUACGGGGACUCGGUCCAGGUCAAGCUUGCGUGACGAGCACCAGCACCAGUCACGGAAAGGGACGUCACGCUCCCGUUCCACGACACUGCAGAUCCACCACAAGCUGGACCGGCUUGGCCUCUGGAUGGAGAGGCUCAUAGAGGGAACCUUGCCACGGUACUACAUCCCUGCCUGGCCUGGCCUGGACAAGAUCACGGUCACUAAGUAAACCCUUGUGUGUAGAGGGAUUGGGGUUUGGCUGAUCUCUGGUUGUAGUCUCUUCAGAAAAAAAGGCAUAUACACUAUUUAAUGGCAGAGGGUUUCUCACAGUCACUGUGGUAUGUUUAUGUGCAUGGACCAGAAUGGUUCUGUGUUUGUGACUUACUGCCUUUUGCCAAGCAAACACUGUGCGCUUUUGACCCGAUUUAGCCCCAAAUCAGUCAGAUCCGACAAACUCCUGAUUCGGGCCACGUUCCUGUCCGAUUUGUUGUGUAUUUUGAAAAGGCUCACGACGCCCGAUUAAAGGCUGCAACAGCCAACGUUUCAGCUCUGCUCCAGUCCGAUCCGAUCGUAUUUUGAAAAGGCUCAUGACGCCAGAUUAAAGGCUGCAACAGCCAACGUUUCAGCUCUUCUCCAGUCCGAUCCGAUCGGAUUUCUGUCAACAUUUUGUCGGCUGUUUUACAGAGUGAGCGCGGAAUUCACGUCUGAUUGAAACAUGUGGUGUGAGUUACAAGGUCGUAUGCAACUGAUAAAAAUGCACAGUGUCUGCCCGGCUUAAGUUGGAGGCUGGAUACAUUGACUUAGUUAUUGAGCAUUGUUUUGGGCAAUGAAAGGUUGCAGGCAGGGUCUGGUAGACCUCAAUGCAGCUCAAGCAGUUGGAAUAAGUCAUGUCACCUUUCCUUAGCAUGCCGUGAUGUGUUUGGUUUCUUGGUGUUUUAUGCCCCCAACGUUGUCUUCAAGGCAGCGCUGCCUGGACGGCACUAUGGUUAGGCAUGGGUUAAGGUUGGGGUUAGGUUUAGGAUUAGGAGCCUUUAAGUCAACGGUGGCAGCGCUGCCUGGAAGACAACGUUGGGGGCAUAAAACACCAUCGAGCAAUGUGUUUGCUGCUCUUUAUGUAUCUCUAUAUGUCAGAUCACUGUGGUUAACCGUAGAGUGCUAGACCUUACACAUCUUAUUCAAGUAUUAUCUAUACUUAUAAUUUCUGAGACGAUUAUUGGCGGCCCACAGAUACCAUUAACCUUUGGUACCAUUAACCUAACUAACCUUUGUAGGCCUUAGGCACAUGUACUGUAUACACCCACAGUCUACAAGCAUUUAGAUGCAGUUGAAUUUUAGCAUUUUCACUUGGAUUUGUUUGUAAAAAAGGUGACUUUUGUUGCAUUUGCCCCCCCCCCCCCAACACCUUUUUAGAGAGAAUUCAUGUAGCAAAGGCAUUUUAUGGUCUGGAUUAUCUGUGCUGCAGAUAAGGGACUAAGGAAGGAAAUAUUCAUAUUGUAAGUUGAACAAACAUAUAAUCAAGAAAGAGACAGUGCAGCUAUUCAAUUGUGUGUAUGGACAUACUGCCUGUAACUGAACUGGUUAGUUAGUUCUCUCUGAGAGCAAUGCAGCCCGACGUGACUCGAAAUGUAAACAUAUAUUUACUGUUUGGCUCUCCCAAAUCAUCAUCACAUAAAACAGAUCAUGACAUGGAAGGAUGACCAUAGCAAGGAAGAUAGCUUACCGUGGAUCAGUACAAGUCUAAAAAAGACAUAUACAUGGCCUGAGUGGGAAUCAUGUGAAUUCAGAUAAGCCCUGAACUUCACACUUGGGAGCAAAUUGGGCUUAUUGGCUGUUGAAACUGCAGAAUACAAGACACUUAAAGGUCAUUCAGCCUUGCUGUUUAAUGUUCUAGAAUGAUUGCCAAAGUUGUCCAGUCUUUUUGCUUCAUGAAACCAUUUCAUUUAAAUGAGAUGGUAUGAAUUGAAAGAUACAUUUCCUGAUUUACAGAAAAAGAGAUGAGAUCUUAUUUUUGUCCAGUUUUGUGUGAGAUUUUGCAGCCUUGUCUCUGUUUUUCUUCAUAUAGCAGACAGCAUUAAAUCUGGUGGUGGCUAUAAGGCCUUCAAAUAGUCUUACAUGGACUCACACUAGUAGUGAGCACACAGAUCAGACAAAGAAUUACAGUACUGAACAUCUGUAAUUGAAUUUUAAUAACUUUUGGAAGUCAUUGUAUUGAAUGAUGGCAAGGAUCUGUCACAGAUAUUGAGAUUAGGCUAAUAUAAUUUUACCAUAGAGAACUCUUUAUAACAGGAAGAUAUUGGACAGGCUGGUUUCCUGGCAAAUACAGUAUAUUAAAUGAGCUGAUAGUAUUUAAUAUAGACUACAUCUCAUUUGUGAAGUCAUUACAUAUAUCAUUGUGAAGAAAGAGAAUUGUUUAUUUUUUGUCAAUAUCAUGUUUUUAACAAAAUUUUGAACAUCAUGUUGUCAGAUUUUUUUUAAUGUAUUUUUAUUUUGUAUAUGAAUGUAGAAAUCAGUGUCAGGUGUCAAAUAUAAUUAUCUAACAACAUAUUUCAUCUCAACUAUUUUAUCUCAACUGACUUUGAAAUCAAGCAGUAUUAUACAAAGCACCCAGGGACAAAAUGAAAAAGAUUUCACCUUACAUCUUUAACCCCCACUACUUCUCCAACCUCCCAAGACAUUUGUUUUAUGUGCAAACUUUAUUAAAUUACAUGGCAACA